UAUCACCAUGAUCUCAACGCUCUCUACACAGAUGCCAAAAAGCUUGAAGUGCAGACGAAUGAGCUUCACCAGAAUCUGGUCGCCGUGAGGGCGAAAGGUGGCUCUGUUAAGGCCAUCCUCGCGGAUGAGUUGAAGGUAUUAAAGGUGAGUCAAGUCAACUUCUCGCCCACCUGGGGCCAAAUAGGCCAGUUGGAAUGUGGUGUUCAAAGGCACUUUUGGUGCCUGUGGAUAAACCUAUUUUGCCAAUAA